AUGAGACGAUCACCAUCACCUUCAUCAUCUUCAUCGUCAUCAUCCAGAUCCAUUUUUGGGACCGGAACUCCUGAUGACACCAUGGAGAGGAGCAGAUCCACCCCUUCCAGCAGAACACCGGAGAGCUCGAGGCUGCCGCCGCGCAGCCCGCUCGGCGUCGACGAGGAGUACGACAGCGCCUUCAAGUCCAAGUCUUUCCUCGACCUGUGGUCGCACGCGCAUCGCCACCUCAUGCACACCUUCACCUCCGCCUCCUUCAAGCUCUCAUCUUCGUCCAAGUCCGGCGGCGUCAAGGACGACAACGAGCCCGACGCGGCGUCGGCCGCCGCCGCCGCCUUGGAGCAGUCGUGCUCGUACACCGUCCUCGACGACUUCGUGCUGGAGCCCAGCCCGGAGGAGGCCUGCGAGGCGUGCUCCUCGCUCCUCGCCGCCAUCGGCGCGGCGCGGCGCCACCAGCUGACGCUCCGCCACCUGCUCCACCGGCUGGAGGAGGACAACGACGGCGGCGGCAGCGGCAGCGACCCCGCCGCUGGAAGGGACGCGGUCGCGGCGCACGUCCGCCUCGACAACCCGCUGUCGCCGGGCCGGCUCGCGGGGUUCCACGAGGUGCACGGGCGGUGCGGCCCGCUCGCGGCGCGCCUGGCGUCGGCGCAGCGCCGGCUGCGGCGGCUGGCCCGGGCGAUGCGCGUGGCGCGGGGCACGGCCGCGGCGGCGCUCGUGGCGGCGUGCGCGGCCGCCGUCGUGGCCGCGGUGGUGUUCGCCGCGCACGCGGUGGUGGGCGUCGGGGCCGCGGCCGCCGCUGUGGGAGCCGGCCCGGCCACCGCCGUGCGGCAGUGGGCCGCCGAGCGGGUGAGUCCGCGGCACUACGCGCGCGCAGGCGCCGCGGUGGACGCGGCGGCGCGCGGCGCCUACAUCGUGGGGCGGGACCUGGACACGGUGAGCCGCAUGGUGCGCCGCGCGCACGACGAGCUGGAGCACGGCCGCGACGUGGCGCGCAUCGCGGUGCGGGGCCGCGGCGAGCGCCCACUGAUGCAGGAGGUGGCGAGGGAGGAGGCGGAGUGCGAGGAGGACCUCAGGGCUCAGCUGGAGGAGCUGGAGGAGCACGUCUGCCUCUGCCUCAUCACCAUCAACCGGAGCAGGAGGAUGGUGGCGCACGAGAUGACGCAAGGCCUGCCGUCGUUGGAGGCGACGCCGCCGCCGUCCCAAGAUUAG